UUAGUUUGAGGUUAGAACCAUCGUGUCAGCAAGUAAAGUUAGCUUGCACGAGGCAAUCUAUCUUUUCAAAUAAUUAUUAUUUUGUAAAUAAAAAUAUAUUAAACACGUGUAUUGUGUAUGCGUGUGUGUGUAUUAUGUAUGUUGAAUUAAUUGGUAAAUAUGCCACAAUAAAAUCUUUAAGAAAUAUGGUUAUAUUACACACAUGUUUUAUCAGCUCUUAUGUAUUGAGAAAAAUUAAUUAGUAAAAUAAAUUAGAACAAUGAAAUUUUUUACUGAUUCUGUAGCACGUUGUGCUGCACGAAUUGGUACUCUGAGUGGAUUUGAAAGAAUGCCUAAUGUUUCUUUUGAAACACCUCUACUUCUUAUUUAUACAAAGGGUGGCAGUGUACCACAUUUAACAAAAGAUGUAUUUAAAAUGGUAACGUUGGAACAACUACUACUCUCUGUCUCACUUCCUUCUACUAUAUCAAUGACGGAUGUUAUUAAAGAGUUUAACACUUCUUUCGCUGAUUUUGUAAGCAUGAAGGAAUAUAUAAAUUUUUUAUCAAUACAAGAUCCUGCAUAUACCACCAAUCCUGGUUUUCAGCAAUUAGAUUCUAUUUCUAUUUGGUCCAGAACAGGAAGAACUGUUUUUACUGCUGCUAAAUAUAUGGAACUUGUACAAGCUUAUAAACCAGAUCUCUAUGUUGCCCUAUGUGAUGGAGAUACAAAUAUUAAUAGCAGUGCAAAACGAGUAUCGAAGGCAGUUCUGCGAAGCAAAACUUUAUUAGAACAAUGUUUAGAUAUACAUCUGCACUCAGAUACAUUAAAAUCUAAGGGAAUAUUAGGACCAGUGGAAGGUGGUUAUAAUUUAGAAGCCAGAGAGGACUCUAUAGAUUAUUUAAAAGAUAAACCUUUGGCAGGAUUUGUUAUAGAUGGAUUACAUAACAAUGGUCCAAGUGUACAAAAUAUUACAACAGAACAAAUUAAACAAGUAGUACAGCAUACCAUUAAUUUAUUACCUACUGAUAAAAUAAGAGUAUCAAUGGGUUGUUGGAAUCCAGUUACUGUACUUGAUCUUAUUGAAUUAGGAGUGGAUGUAUUUGACUCGUCCUAUCCUUAUAUAGCUACUGAACAAUCACAAGCUUUGACUUUCAUGUGCAAUCAUGACAUUUGCGAGAAUAAUCAACAUAAAAUAUCAGUAGCAGAAACAAGAUAUAAAGAUGACUUUGCUCCUAUUUGUAAAAAAUGUGAGUGUCUUGCAUGUCAAAAUCACACACGAGCAUAUCUCCAUCAUUUGCAUCACACAAAGGAAAUGCUUGGAUUAGUACUUUUAAUGAUACACAAUAUUCAUCAUUAUCUUCAAUUUUUCACUGUUAUUCGUGACAGUAUUAAAAGUGGAACAUUUAAUGAACUUCAGAAGAAAAUUCGUUUGAAAUACGAAUCCUAAUUCUAAAUUUCCUACUACUGUAUAAAUAUUUUAAUAAAUUUUUUAUUUUAUGAAGUA